ACGGCCUGGAGACAGUUGCCAGAUGAAUAGCGGUGUGUAAUGUUGCAGGCAAAUAGCCCUCGGAAAAGCGAACAUAGUUCCAAAUAUUGAGGUGUGUUGUGUGGUGUACACGACCCGUGACAGCCGCCAGUACUCGAACUCCUGGACUACCCGUGCUUCGACUUAAAGCAGAACUGCAGUACUUUGAGGGCUCCGAGUGAAGAUAACAGCAGGCAACUCAAGACAUGGCAUCAUGUAAUGGUGCUCAUCCAUCUAUCUCAUCCAUGAAUAACUCUUCCUUCAAUUUGGGCAUACCUGCAGAACAAGAUGAGAGAUUUCGCUUACGUCCAGUCGACUCUAUCUCUGUGAGACAAGACAGAGCAGGCCGAAGUGGCUUGGACAGCAUUAAUGAACUCUUGCACGCCAUGAAUCAUAGCACCGAGGAUGGUGCUCGUGGUCCAGUGCUAGUACCACCUGGUUGUGACAAAUGUCCUGCAUCGAGCAUCUCUCAAUGUUGGCAGUGUGGUCUCAAUCUCUGUAUCACCUGCACUUCUGACCACACCAGGUUGUUCCUUACUGAAAGUCACUCCAUAGUGAGGUUCAGAGACACUCCAGGUCAUUGUCCGCAGGCCUAUAUAUCGCCUGAUUUAACUCUCGGCAGAGUCUCCAAUGGGCACAGCUCAUCAAAAGUAUGUGUAAAACACAGACGACAACCAGCACAGUACCAGUGCAACACUUGUCAGGUUCCUAUCUGUAGACAAUGCUCACUGUUUGAGCAUGCUGCGCACUCUGUGGUGUUACGGUCAGAAUGGGUACGGGAUAAGAGGCAGUCAUUACUGGAUAACAUGAGUGCACGAAUGGAGGCUGUGCAGAGGUCACUGGAUAGUAUUGAUAAUGUACAAAGAUGUCUGUUGAUAAAGAAACAAGAAACGGCCAAUGCUGUGGAAUGUGAGAUACAAAAGGUUAUGAAAAUGCUGGAAGAAAGAAGAGAGGAACUAAUGUCUCAGGCGAAUGAUGUCUAUACACUGAAGAUCAGUUCCCUGGAGGAUCAAAAGGAUAAGAUACUAAGCCUAAAACAGUCAUUAAUAAGAAUGUAUGACUUCCUGUUUCAAUUUGAUAAUUCGGAUCAUAUUUUUGAUGUCAUCAGUGCAAUGUAUAACGUGGCUGAUGAGCUGAAGAACAUGAAGGACGUUCCACUCGUGCCAUGCGAGGAUGAGAUACUCAAGUUUGCUCGUCCGGACCCAGAAUUCUAUCGUUCUGUAGCGCAACUGGGGUCUGUGCGCAGUUCGGUAGAUCUCAAGAGGACGGUAGCUGUCGGAAGAUGCAAGGUUCGUGCUCGAUAUAGUCGUUUCAACAACCUGUGUGUAAGAUUGUAUGAUCAUCUGGGGAAUCCUUGCCAAAUAUCCCCUGCGCGUGAGACCCUCUCGGUACAGCUGCUCUAUUCAAAUGACAUGCGGGGUGGACCAGUCACUGUAGAGUGGUCACCUGGUAUGUAUAUUAUACGCUACAAGCCAAUUAGUAAAAGUAUCCACUACCUUCACAUAAAGCUACGUGGACAGCAUAUUACAGACAGUCCUUUCAUUAUAAAAAUCACAACUCCCAGGGAGUACCGCAACAUUCACGAACCGUUGGUGGUGUUUGGAAGUGAAGGUGGAGCAAAUGGACAACUGUGCCGGCCAUGGGGUGUGUGCUGUGACCUUGAUGGCAACAUAAUUGUUGCAGAUCGCAGCAACAAUAGGAUCCAGAUUUUUCAACCUGAUGGCACAUUCUUUCAUCAGUUUGGUAAACAAGGAUCAGAACCCGGCCAAUUUGACCGUCCUGCUGGUGUUGCCUCUGAUUUGAAACGCCGUAUUGUGGUGGCAGACAAGGAUAAUCAUCGAAUCCAGGUCUUCAGGUUGAAUGGCGAGUUUCUCUUUACCUUUGGUGAGAGGGGAAAUAAUGAUGGACAAUUUAACUACCCAUGGGAUGUAGAUGUGAAUACUGAGGGGCGUAUAAUUGUGUCAGACACGCGCAAUCAUCGUGUCCAACUCUUCUCUGCAACUGGGCAAUUUCUCUGCAAAUUUGGUUAUGAGGAUCUGGCUGGAGUGUUGAAACACUUUGACUCCCCCCGUGGUGUUUGCUUCAGUCAUGUUGGAAUGGUUCUUGUCACAGACUUCAAUAACCACUGCCUUAUAACACUGAGUCCACAGCUUACUGAACCACGCUACCUUGGGAAGGAAGGCUCUGGUCCAAAAGAUUUCGCUCGUCCACAGGGGGUAUGUGUGGAUGAUGAUGGGCGUAUAAUUGUUGCAGAUUCAAGAAACAACCGCAUUCAGAUAUUUGAGCCUAAUGGGUUGUGCAUACACCAGUUUGGUACUAUUGGCAAUGCUCCUGGUCAAUUUGACCGUCCAAGUGGCAUCUGCCUGAGUCCUGAUGGAAAGAUUGUUGUUGUAGACUUCACAAACAAUCGCGUCCAGGUGUUCUGAAGAAGCUGUCCUAUGAAUAUAAAGGACCUGUUAUCAAAAGCUUCAAAUGGUGAGAUCUCAGGUAUAUGGAAUAUAUUCCCUACUUUCAUAUUGAUUUUUUAAUAGAUUUGAUUGACUGCACCACAUUUUUAAAGAUGUGCAUUCAGAUUUUUAGCAGAAUUAAAUCUGAGCAUGUUUUUAAUUGAGUUACAAUGUUAUAUAUAUUUACAUUAUAUGUGUACCUAACAGGAAAAAAUGUAUAAAUAAUUGCUAUGGAUGCUGCUGAGGUGUGUAUGGAAAGGUUUAACAUCUCUAAGUUGACUUGAUGAGUCUGCAGUUUUUCAAGUGAAUCUCUAUACCAAAGGAAUGAGCAGCAUCCAUUUGUUGUCAUAAACUCAGGGAUAUUUAGCACAAUUUACACAACUCAUAUCUGCCUUAUUGGCUAUCAAAGCAGAGUAUAAAGGCAUUUCUAAAAUGUUUGAGAGAUUUUAGAUACCUGGGUUUGACAAACUUUGGAAGGAACUUUUCUUACAAGGGUGAUCAGAUUGGUUUUUGAUACUGAUUUUAAACAGUUGAUUCUAAUAUAUACCUGUUACCAGUAUUCAAAGUUAUGGAACAUCCACACUGUUGAAGACAGUGUGGUGGAUACCUCAGAAUUUUAAGUAAUGUAAGUAACAGCUGGAAAGCAACUGCUGAUUUUAUGAUUACUGUCUUCUGGAAUGUGACACUAUGGUUUGGUAGAAACCCAGUGAUUUUAUUUACCUACUGCUUCCAUCUUCAGGGUAAAAGAAUUCUACCCUGAAUAUACAGGAAAUGGAAAAACGCGAGUCUUAAAUUGCACUUGUUAAUUUUACAUCCAUGAAUUUUGUAUUUUUUUUUCUCUCCAUGCAUCAGAAAAGCUGAUUGCUUGUAUAAGUGGAGUCAAAUUUCCCAGCAGAAAAGGCCAUGAACAGCAAUAUAUUAGAUUUCAGUUUCAAACUGGUGCUGUCAAAAUACAGUGGAAAACCACUUUAAUAUUUCUUAAUUUAAAGCUGUUCUUUUAAUAUUUCAAUUCCAGUGACCCCCAAGUCAUUAAUCUCAGUUUUGAAUGUUCCACUCAUUUAAAAUGUUCUCAUUUCCUGCUUCUCUGGCAUAGAAGGGGUAGGUGUUUCAAUAGUUUUUGAUUACUGAAGUUGAAGUUAACAAGCAUUCGUCCAUUACAGCCACAUUGAAAUUCAAUUUUCUUGAUGUUUUGAUAAUACAUGUAUUUACAGAUCACCUAUGAUGUGAACAUAAAAGUGCUGGUCUCCUGAACCACAUCUAGUUAUCAUAAGAAAAAAAAUCACUUAUCACCUUAUAAAUGUUUUGAAAAUCAUGCCUAGAGCAGUAUGUAAAGAACUGCAUUUGUGGACAAAGUUUCAUAUAAUUCUCUUCAGUUGAAGAAGGAAAGUUUUCUUAAGAAGAAAAUAAUAAUAGGCAAUAGAUUUAUAUAUAUUAUACAUAUACAUAUAUAUAUAUAUCCACUUUUAUGUCUCGUACAGCUUUUCAAGCCUCUAAUACAUCGCCAUGUCCUUCUGAUUUGAUAUACACAGGUUUGAGUCUUUUUGCCUCCAUGUUCAUGGUAAAAAAAAGUGAACUAAGCAUGGAAAAUAGUGGCUGGGAUAUAGAAAACUGCUCUGAUUGAAUCAAUGGAAACUUGUAACUUUAACAAUAUGAAUAAUAUUUGAUCCCUUAAAGCUAAUUUUCCUAGGGCAAAGUAAUUGGAAGAAAUAAUGGCUGUGAGUGAAAUAUAUGAGUCUUUUCUCUGCCUCAGGAAAAGUGGCAAAGGAGGAGACCCCCUUGAAAUAGCCUUUUCAGGGGGGGCAGAAUAAAUUGAAGAAAAAGCACUGAUAGAAACUAAUGCUCACAAGGGAGUGAAUGAGGAAGGGGAACUGUAAUGUAUAAAAUAAUUAUUAAUAGUACAUUCAAGAAGACAGUAAUCACUGGAGUGUUCCUAUUGUGCAGAAAUUUGCUGUACAAAAGUAUUUGUAUUGUUAUGUAGAAUAUUUUACAGGUAUUGCUGGAAGCAAUUUGGUUUUAAAUGUUAUAAAAUUCCUUUGAAUGUCUUACCAUGUUUACUGAACCUGAAAUAUUUUGCCAAAGUGUUCACAAAAGACUUUUGAGUACAAACAAAAUAUCUUAUGAAUGUCGAGGCAUUUUCUUGGUGUUCAAGCUGCUGUACAUGAUUUGAUAGUAGAUGCAGGGGAAAAAAGUGCCAUUCUUUAAGCUCAAAGACAUUAAAUUAUUUCAGUGUCAUCUUCUGCCCAGUAAUGUUUUUAAUACAUUCAUUUCCUGGCAGGGUAAGAGGUGUUUUCAGCACAAAGACUAUCCCUUUGCCACUUACCUUCCUAUUUAAUCAGCAAGGGAGGUUUAACAGACAGGGUACAGCAGCUAGGGCUUGUAGGUAACUCACCUUUUGACCCUUACACAUCUAGUGGAAGGUUUAAGACUGAAUUGAACAACCCACUCCAUAUGUCUUCAUGGAGUGCACCUUUACCUUUAACUUUACACACUUCCUGCAAAUUCUUUUGCAAGAAAUGUUUCUCAUCAGUAUGUCACAGUGUCAGAAAAAUUAUUCUAAUUGGCAUGCAUUACGUCAGACUGUCAAAUCCUCUUAAAAGUUUAAACCAAGUUUUAUCCACAGUUCAUUAACAAUUUUAAAAUUUUAGACUGCUUAUUCUGCCCUGGAGAGAAGCAUGUGUCCCAGGGCACUGAUGGUUGUGUUCUGGCGUUUGUACAGGUGCGUAAUCUCAGUAAUGUAUCUAAUUUGUAUGCAUAUCUCUUGGAGUGUCCCAGUACUUGAAGCUCACUAUACUGAAUUAGAUCCUCCUGUCCUGACGUAGAAGGUCGUCUCUGGAGGCUACAGAGUCGUUUGAAAAAUAGAGUAAAUGUGUUAAAGAUGCAGCAUUUUCAAGGCUGUUGCAUGAAACUGGAAGCACACAACCCAAAUGAUUGGAAGGAUCCUUGAUAACUUUUUAUCACUUAUCUGUCCUAGAAGUGAGUUUUAUGCAUAAGCCAUAAAACGUCAAUUCUAUUGUCUCCAUGGUUAUAAAGGUGUUUAAUGUUGAUACCCUACAUAACUUGAGUUUGAAUUUACACUGCAUUAUGGUGUUCUCAUUUUCAUAUAGAGUAAAACCUGCUUCUGACAGUCCAAAUAUACUUGAUUUUUAGAUUUCUCAGCAGGGGCUGUUCUGUGAUACAAGCCCCAUGCAUUUAUGUCCUAGGUCUCAGUCUAUCAAGUAAAAUUUAUCAGUUCACACAAAACUUUCUUAAUUUGUCAUUCAUAUAAAAUAGACAUGUUCAGCAUUUGUCAUAACAGCAAAAUUGAAUUCAAAUUUGCUGUCAGGCCUUGAACAGCCCAAAAUUGCUAGCAUUCUUUUCAUAUCAUCCUUAUGUAAAUUUCAUUCACAUACUAAAAUUUGAAGCAGUGAGUACUGUACCCAUGCAAAAGAAAAUAGCUACCUAAUAUCUGACCCAAUUUACAAUUUGGGGAACAACUUCUAGCUUCUACUUUAAAUGAGACUGCCUUUCUUCAAAUAGGGAAACAGGACUUGUUUCCAUCCUCAGGCAAGAUGGUAGUGGGGUGGCCACACAGUUGGGUCUGGCCCCAACUGGUGCUCCAUAAUUACUAAGGAUAAAAACAUCCGGUUUCCUAAACGUGUUCUUUCAAAAAGUAUUCUAUGGACAAAAUCCAGGAAGUUACUUCAUUUCACAAAAUUCACUCUGCAUAGUGUGAAUACACAAUGCAUCUUUAAAUUAAGGUUAAUGGAUCCAGAGCUGAUUCUACAGCAUCUUCCUGUUAAGGCAUGCAUUUUCAGUUUUCUUUCCUUUUCUUUAUUCAGUAGGCCAUUAACAUGAUUAUCUGCAAACAAUGGAUUUUAUAUCUGCAAUGGCUAAUAAAUCUGCACAUAUCUUACAUGACUCAAAUCUCAUUUGAUUGGAUAAAUUGUAGGAAGUGCAAUUGCAAACACUGCUAUGUGAGAAGAAAGCAAUAAUCUACUUUUGCUGAAUUUGUUGCAACCAAUAGUUUCUGACAAUUUGCUGUAACUUGGCAAUUAGUUUUCCUUAUAUUUUAGGGAUGAGGGACACAUCCCAAGUUUUUAAGAUAUAUUUUUGUUUAGUUCAGAUUUGGUUCUAAAAAUAUUUUACUGCAUUGUUAUUUGAAGUGGACUUCUUGCAAGAGUUGUAUCAUGUUUAAUCCUAAGGAGACUGUGAUAUAUGUAUAUCUAAUGGAAGCAUUACAGGGGCUGGUACAUUUUGUGCACAUAUCAAAAUUCUUAAACAUAAAAUGUUUCAUCAUUAUUUGCUUGUUUUCAUAAAAAAUAGAAUAAAGUAUAAUCUUUUGUGUUUACUUGAAGUAUAUGUUUGUAUAUUUAAUUCAGUUAAAUAUUUCAUUUGCAGCAGGAUGAAAUAUCAUUGUUUAUGUUCCUAGAAGUAAUUUAGUUAUUUAAUAAUAAAGAUUUUCGAUGUCUACAGCAGUUGCAGUUGCCUUUGGUAAUGGUUAAUACUUUUGGCAGUUGAUUGGGCCCAUUUAGUAUGUACUGCAGAGAAUUGCUUGAACCCAUGUGGGUUGCUUGGCCUAGUUUUGAUAUUCUCUUGUGAGUCCCUUGAACCAAAUUUGGGAGAUAUUGCAGGGAGUUACUUGCACCCAUUUGGGAAAUACUGCAUGGGGAUCCUUGAACCUCUCUGGAAGAUACUGUAGGAGAUAGUGCAGUGAGAUUCUUGAACCCAUUUCAAAGAUAUUGCAGGGAGUUGCUCCAGUAUUUGGUGCACCCCUCGUUUCUUAUCACCUACAACAGAAUUGAAGGUUUGCCUUUGGGCACAGACUCUUCCUAUUCCUACAUAACCUACCUGCACCCUAGCAUCUUGAAAAUAGAAUACAGCUGGUUCUAUGCAGAAGUAAGGUGUGUUGCAACCCAGGAACACCUAAAAUUUCACUGCCAUGAAUGCAUCAUAUAUAGUAUUAAUAGUCUAGAAAUCUAGUUGUAACUGUAAAGUUUUGAGGUUGUCACAGGCAUUUAUAUUUACUGCUUAAGGACCUCAAAUCCUACAUAGUAUUUCUCUAUGGGGAGACUAUUCAUCCAUUCACUGAAUAUACUUUGAUUUAUAUAGUUUCUUUUUGUCCCUUUAAUUUAUUUAUUAUAUGUUUGGUUUUUGGUUUUAUUUCCACUUUUAUUUGUGAUGGGAUUUUUAUUUUAUAAAAUUGCCUUGUGUUUUUUGCCUUUUACCACUCACCUUUUCUAAAAGCUUAACCAUUUUUUAUUGUAGUUAAGGGAGUCCUAUUAGGUUCACUUGGCCUCCAUUGGAUUUCCCUUCCUGCCUGUCUACUGCAGCCCUUUUCACAGCCAAGGCAAUACAUUCAAUAUACCCACACCUAUCAGUUUGACUUGAGCCCCAGACAAUGCUCUCUCCCCCUUGUAUCACUGUCUAUUCCUUUCCACAUUGCCUACUCUUGUACCCAGAACAUGAAUGCAGCCGCUUUCCCAAAUGUUAAAUACCAGACUACAAGUUGUCACAGAGGACAGCCCAUUACAAUCAUGAUGUAUUUCUAGUCUUCAUUCACUGAAAGUCAUGUUGGUAAAUAUAAACAAUUGUUUUUUAAUCUGGGCCCUGGUAGCAAAUGGUCAGCUAACCCUCCCAUAGGCAUUGAAAUGAUGGAUUCAAUGCAGUAUGUACUAAGUGCCUAAAGUAAUGGAAGCAAACGCAGGCCAAAGAUAGGCUGAGUUUUACAUUUUAAAAAGGAACAAAGCACUGCUUCUGCCUGCAUUAUCUGCUGUUACAAAGAUAUUAAGAUCUUUUGUCUUGGUUAUUACAGAACUAUAGGAACUUAGCUUAGGUGCAUUGUUUUUCCAUUUUUCAUAGUGAUGUGAAUUCUUGAUGUAUUUGUCAAUGAUCAGUGGUGAUUUUUGAGAAGUUAAUUAUUACUUUGUUUACUUGCAUAAAUGCAUAUAUUAAAUCUCAAGAAACCACAGUAUGUUGCCCCUAAAUCGUAUAUUUUCACUAAAUUCCAGUUCACAAUAGUUCUGGUCACUGGCCCAGUUACUAACAAAAUCACUACUGGUUAUAUUGCAUUUAAUAUGACUGGAAUAAGUUGUGACAAUUAUUGUACACAAGUGUAUUUCCUCUGAACUUGUUGAUAUUCAUCCCUAUUUUAUAAGGACACUUAUGUGGUUUUGUCCCUUAAGUGAUUUUUUCAUUCAUAAUAUAUCCUACUGAUAAUGGAAGUUGCAUGUUUUAAAAAUUCCAUAGCUAUCUUAAAACCUCAAAUAUUACAUAAUACUGGAAACACAGUUAUAUUAUUCCUAACAAUGAAGUGAGGGAUGAAUUUGUAAUUAAUAUGAUUUGAAGAAAUGACAUUUUUUAUUUAAAAAAUUAAAAAUUCAUAUUUUCAUAUUCACGACUACAUUCAAAUGAAAUUCCUAUGUGGAAUUUGUUACUGCAUGACUAGAAUAUUUCAAUGUGAAGACCCCCACUCUUGUCAAGAACAUUGUAAUCUUUCCCAAUCUUGACUGGGACAGCAUUUAUUAUAAUUUUUAAAUCAGGAGCACACCAAGGGUCUUGGAUGAUAUAAAGCUCCACCCCUGGUGUGAUACUGGAGUGCAGGGUCUUCCCCAGGAAACUUAUUCUGUUUCAACAUACGUAUAAAUCAUUAUUUUUAAAGUGAAAUAUAGAGACCUAAAAUUUUGUGACAAUGUUACAGUAAUAUACACAUUAUGUUU